AUGUCCCCUCCGCGUAUUUACUCGCUUGGCUGCAGUGGCGGCGCCAUUUUGAAUAUGCACGAGACCUGCACAACUCUUAACCGGAACUUGCCUUCCCCGACUACCUGGACGGUCGACCAAGUCUGCGGUUGGCUUCGAGGCCUUGGCCUAAUGCAAGUCGACGCUGUGUGCCACGCGUUUAGAGAGCAUGAGGUUGAUGGGUUACUGCUCUUGGAUCACAUCAAUAACGAUGUAUUAACUAAAGAACUCUGCCUCACAUCGUGGGGAACGCGAACAAAAAUACUAAAGGCUAUUGAAGGUCUUAAGGCUAGUCUCGAAUUAGCUACAACUUCAUCGGCGGAGGUAAGCGCUGCGUCCUCUUGGCAGUUUGUCCAGGAAAACGAAAUAAGCCGCCUGGUACUCUCUGAUUCGCAGACUGAAGACGAAGCUGCUGAUGAAUUGUCGGAAAGUGAUGAUACCGAGGAAGAAAGCGAAGAUCAAUAUGUUAUCUUAGAUGACAUAGGGGCUGAAGCGGCUGGUUUCCGAGCUGUGAAAUGUGGACAAGAAAUACCAGAAGAUGUUAUUCAGAUUAUCAGGAACAAGCCACGAAAGUGUACGUAUGGGGGCGCUUAUGAUGAAAUGGGUGACGAUGACACACUUUUGCCGUUAUACGGCGAUAGUGAAGAUGAAAACAAAAUGAUGGACUCUGAUUUGGAGAAAGAGGUUGAGAAGGAAGAGCAAACCGAAACUGAGCAGAUAAACAAGAGAUAUUUAGACUGUCAGAAGAGUAUCGAUGGAUAUAUAGAAAGUGUGCGAAAGAAACUAAAAGUUAAACGCGAAGCUCUCAAGCGGGAAAAGCCGGAGAAAUAUGCACAGAAACAGUGGAACUUGUGGCGUAAAUGGAGAAAUCGACAAGAAGAAUUAAAGACCGAAAUGGAACAUUUAAAUCAAAAAAGAAUCCCUGAUCUAAUUGAUGAGCUUCAGAAAAAUUUUGCUAGAAAUUCUAAAGACUUUCUCAGACAAUGUGGCAUCUUGGACGUAAGUUUAAAAAGAAUCUUUGAAAUUGAAUGGACACUUAGUGUGCUCUCAGGUGAACAGCCCCGCAAACCAGCAUCUAAAACUAGAGAUAAAUCUGGCGUUUCUGGACAGUCUGCAACAAAAACGGCUCUGACUAGUGAGUCUUACGAAGAAGAUAGCGAAAUAUCUGAAGAUGACGAAGAUUCUGAAAAUUCCAAAGAUUCCUUGAGUGACUUUAUUGACGAAUCAGAUCUUCCUAUAAAUGAUGAGAGGUUAGCUGAAUUACGGCGUGAUGCAGGAUUGCCAGUUAUCCAGAAUAACAUAGUUGAAAACAACAAUAAUAAUAGUAACGAUGAUGAGGAUGUCACGAACAAUGAAGAUGUUGAAAGUAAUAACAGCAAUGGACACAACAAAAAAUCCAAAGACAAUGUAAAUAAAGGUUAUGAAGUAGGUAGAAAAAAUUUUAUAAAUAACAAUGGUGAAACCAAUACAGAAAGCGAUAAUAAUUCAAACCAUAACGAAGAUAGCGAUAUUGUUAUCGAGGAAAUUGAAGAACGAACAUCAGCGCCCAUCGUUGAUAUUUCCUGCAUAACUCCUGGAGCGAUCGAUGCUGAUUGUUCGACUAUGGAUUUGGUUCUUUCACCACCUGUGACAGAAAAUUCUGUUGAUACAAUCUCUCCUGAAAGUGAACCAGAAGAUACUAAUUUAAUGGAGACAGAUGCGCCAAAUACACUGGCUGAUACUUCCCUUUUGGAAAACGUCACCCCAAACAAGAAAUCAAUUUUUUAUGAAGUUUUUAGUCCCUCAACAACCCCACUUAGCUUACGUGAACAGCUUAUGGAUGAAUCCACGAUCCAAAGUGAUGACGCGGGAAGUUCAUAUCAUCAACCACUUUGUAAUGACAAUACCAGAUCCUCACUUGGCCAACCGCUUGCGAGAAAGUCUUCAUCACAAUCAAAAAAUACUGUUGGGUUUGGAACAGCUUCUAAACCCAUAGAUCUUGAUGCUGAAGUAAUCUUGAUAAUGAGUGAUAGUGAGGAUGAGGGUUUCUCUUCAAGGCUAGAACACAAUUACGACGCUGCUUCAGAAACGGAAAUGUCAAACGACGACAUAGGCGAAAUGGCUUACGUAUCCGAUCACGACUCUGAAUUCGAAAAUGACUAUCUCGAAGACCUGGGUCCUGAGAUGCGACGUCUGAUAGACGAGGAAUUUAUUAGAUCGACUGCAGCGCCCGCACUUUUUUACAAAAUUAAGAAGAUGGUAGAUUCCGUAAUUUGUUAUAAUGAACCGAACGCGACAUUAGCGGAAUAUGUCAUCUUGACACAUAUAUGGAACGACUUCAAGGAGUUUGAAUAUAAAGAAUUCGAUACCGCUGAUCAUAGCCAGGCUAUUAAUAGGAAUUCGUCGAAUAAUGAACCAGUCGAACUCUUUGAAGAAGGAUGUUUCGCUCAGUACUGGAGAAAGCGUAAAGCGGCUGCUCAGAAAAAUAUUCCAAACUUGUUGAGUGUCGCUGCAAGAACUGAUGACAGUUCGAUACCGAACAAGAAACGCCGCCUUGAACCCGAAGCUUCCACCCACAGUUCAAUAGCAGAAGACCUUGACAUCCGUCAUCCUGAAAUUUUGGCAGAGAUCGCCAAUCAAACACGAAAAGGGAAAAAUACCACUGUUCGACCCGAAUCUGUUAGGACAAUUACAAUGAGAACUCAACGACGUGCCAGAGAAGCUGCAUAUCGUUUGAGAUAUGAUCAACAGUCAGCUAUUGAUAGCAUGGGAAGGGCGGCCAUCAACAGAGGCCACGAAGCAGAAGAAGAAGAUAUAUAUAUCCCGUUAGAGUUAUCUUCGGAGUUAAAACAACAUCAGAUUGAGGGCACGCAGUUUCUGUGGAAAAAUAUCGUUAUGUUUGAAACUGGUUGUACUCUAGCCCACGCAAUGGGCCUUGGGAAAACUGUACAAGUGAUUACAUUUUUGUAUACGCUCUGGAGAGAGAUGAAGGCGAAGAAUGAAGCGAUUCCUCAGGAUUUGAUGGAUCAUGGGUUUCGUGUUUUGAUAUUAUGUCCAAGCACAGUGAUUGACAAUUGGAUGGUAGAGUUUAACAAAUGGUUACGCAGAAUGGAAAAUGGCAAGGAGUUCUGCGCUCAUGUUGGAAAAUUUGAUACUUCUAUGAAAGAGGAUGAGCGUUUAAGAACGUUAAAGAACUGGCACCGACAGGAGAGGGGCGGUGUUAUCAUCACGAACUACGAGAUGAUUAGUCGUAGCUGUUUUAGAGAAGAUCAAAGGCGUAUCAAUCAAUAUCGAAAAUACUUGAUUGACCCUGGUCCUUCCUUGAUUAUAGCCGACGAAGGGCAUAAAUUUAAAAACGCUAUUGAUGGAAGCCUUACGCGACUUGAGAACGAGGAACAGAAUUUGUUUAACUGGGUCUCCUCUACAAAACUCAUUAAAGGAAUAUUAUUCAACGGUGAUCGUGAAGAAUUUGAGAAAUUAUAUAUCAACCCGAUAGAGUCGGGAAUAGCUCCAAAUGCACUUCCGGCUAGCCAUAAGAGUGCAACUAUCAUGCUUUAUGUCUUAAAAAAAAUCAUCAACGAUAUUGUUCUUAGGAAAGAUGAGAGCUUGCUUGCCGGCGAACUACCAGAAAAGCAAGACUAUGUUAUAUUCUGCAGAUAUACCGAAGAUCAGCGCAAACUAUACAAGUAUUUUCUCGAAUGCGUUAAGUAUCCAGCGAGGAUCUUUGAAAUUGGAAAUUUCUUAAGCCUUUUAUUAAACCAUCCGGCAAUGUUCUUUCUUAGCAUUACUAAUACGAAGCGAUCCAGAUCAAAAAAUGCACGAUACAUAACAACUAAUACACCUGAAGACGAAGAUAGAUACACAUCGGUGGUCGCGGAGAAAAUUCGUGAUUAUCAGAAAACCUACAUAACUGGUAUUACGUUUAUAGCAUAUAUUUUAUUGAUAUUCUGCUAUCCUAGGACAAUCAAUUCUGAGGCAGGAAUCUUCAUUGUAGAUAUUGAGGAUAUCAAACUGAGCAACAAAAUGCUGGUACUCAUGGAAAUUCUGAAACAAUGUAGAAUUGAGAAUGACAAGGUCCUUGUUUUCUCAAAAAGUCUGCCGACGCUGGACUAUGUCGAGAAGCAGUUCAGAAAAUGGCAAGAAACCGACGACUCUGUAACGCAGCAUCCAGCAUCUCGAACGAGAAUAAUCCGAAUAGAUGGAGAAGUUGACAAAAGCCAAAGACAUCACAUGAUAGAUAGCUUCAACGAACGGCCUGACUGGGUUGUUGCAUUAAUCUCAAUCAAGACAGCGUCUCUUGGAGUCAAUCUGUUUGGAGCCAACCGUGUUGUCUUGUUUGAUUGCGACUGGAAUCCAACACACGCACAACAAGCUGUUGGACGCGCAUAUCGAAUCGGUCAGACGAAAAAAGUAUACGUGUAUCGUCUGAUGGUACAUGAUUCGUUUGAAGAGCGUCUCUUUAACAAUAACGUUCAAAAAGUUGGAUUAUCGAACCGUGUCAUUGAUAAUACUGCAACACAAGCUGACGAGGAUGUAGGUAACCUGGCAUACUUAGAUAUACCGAAGGAUCCUGGAAUUUGUCGAAUCCCACCUGAAGCCACUUAUGACGAUAAUGUUCUCAAUGUUAUUUCUCGGAGAUUGCGUGACGGCCUUAUUACAAUUGAGAAGCACGAAACUUAUUAUCGAAGCGUAGAUGAAAACCUUGAUGAGAGUGAACAAAAAUAUGCUGAAGAUUGUGUGGAAGCCGAGAUUAAACGAUUGACGCAAUCACGUGGAUUGCAAAUAGCGCGAUAA